AUGCCCACGAUGUAUGAGCCUUUGAUUGAGAAACUUUGUCCUGAGGGAAUUAUUGCCAAGACUGAGUUGUCUAGAAGUUAUGUAAUAAGAAUAUUAGAAAAAAAUGUCAUCGACAUUUCAAUUUUAUAUGUCUUUGAAACAUGGAAUACACUGUUCUUUGAAUAUUUCUUAAAGAUAGCAGCAGGUAUUGUUUUGGCAGAAUUUUGUGCAAUUGCAUCGUUGAUAACCUUGAUUAGUACCAGAAAAUAUCGGUUUACCUUGAAUACUACACAGAUUUAUGGUGCCGAAAAGUAUGCUUUUUUACGAUGGGCGCCCAAAGAGGGUCUCAGCGGUGAGGAAUUAAAAUUUGCAUAUUAA